AUGACUGAAGAGAACAACAACAACCCUUCUUCUCCCUCUUCUCCUUCAGAUUUACCCGUAGUUUCAAUAAAUUUUGAUCGUCGACUGCCAGUUUUGCAUUCAUAUUUGGGGGAUCUACACCAAGGAGAAUUGUUGUUUGAAUCGCUUUAUGAGGAGCCUAAUACUCAAUUAAAAGUGCCAGUUCUCCUAAUGGGCGAAGUUUGUCUGUUACCAGGCCAAAAAUUGCCGCUCAAAUUAUAUGCCAGAACAAGUAUUGAAUUUAUGAGUGAUCCAAUUCGACAACGUUCCUAUUUUGCUUUGUUUACUAGAAACGAAAAUGUGUUGUUUCAAAAUGCUCAGGAUUUUUCGAGAAUUUCUUGCCAUUCUGCUGGGACUCUUUUUCAGAUAUUGCUAUUACUAUAUGUAAUCCUGUAGAUGUGAGGGUUUUGGAUGAAGAAGUUUUGUCUAAACAAAUAAUUAAAUUCCCUGAAAGUUCAAUUAACAGGCUAAAAGAAAAUGAGGUUUUUAAAAAAAAUUUU